AUGAGUGAAUAUGAACAUAAUGUUAUUUAUAUACUUGGUGGAAUAUUUCAAAAAACAAAACAUGAACAAAUUACUUUAGAAAAAGCUAAACAUGAACAAAUUCGACAUCAAUCAUUACCACUUCAAAAAUAUCUUAGAUUUUCAGCAAGUGCAAGUACUAUUUUAUCACUUAAUCAAGUAUAUAAUAUAUUAAUGACACUUAAACACAAUAAUAAUAAUUGGUUCGAAGCAUUAAAAUGUAUUCCUGAACGUUGUCUUCUUCGAUAG